GGCCUUCUGAUUCCCCGCAGUCUGGCCCGGGAGUCAGAUUAGAGAGGAUACGUGUGUGUCGCUCCUCCCUCAGUGACUGCCAAGGGAUGGAAGUGCGCGUGUAUCAGCAUCGGGGCGCCCACUGCCUACUGCUGGGUCUGGUGCUGCUCUGUGGUCAAGUCUGGAGCGACUGUGAGCAACGAAUUCCUAACUGCGUGGGUGAGAACUGCGUGAAGAAAGUGGAGUGUCUGAAUGGAAGCUGCGGAGUUGACGGUGCGUGUGAAUGCCUUCCCUGCUACUCCGGGCCGACCUGCGCCACAUACGAUGACAAGUACGGCCCAAGGUUCGCCAUACGACAAAACACAAUCGUCGUUAAUCCGGAGCAUAAAGGUGUGGUGUACAAGGCUAGGGCAGAGGACGAAGACCUUGGCUUGACGUGCCCACUGGGUCCCGGACAACACACCCGCUGCCCUUGCGCUGCAAUCACCUACAGCAUCCGCGCACCCCAAAACGCCCUCCACCACCCGCUCUUCACCAUCCACGAGUCGUCCGGACAGGUGUUUCUCCAAGAAGGAUCGCAGCUUAGUCCAGGAAACAGUCACGAAUUGGAAAUUAUUGCCUCAAGCACCAACAACAGCCUUCUGUACGACUACCAGACACUGACCGUCCUGGUACAUCGCGAAGACAACUUGGACGAACUUUUACAUGAGGUCUCAACCGUCACAGUACAGGAAGAGGACACUGAAGAGUGGAAGGCCGACGCUUUCAACACCUCGCAGUUCUUUUUCUAUGACACAUUUGAGGGCAACUACGACACUGACUACCUAAAGAGCCUUGAUAGGAGGAAACGAUACGUGAGUAUAAUGCUGUGGCAGACGAAAAUGACUUCUCUAACCUAA